AUGGAUUUUCAAAACUACCACACACCCAGUGACAACGAAGCUGAUGUAAUUCCGUCAAAUACAAUACAAGAUAUUGAAAACUCGGUCGUUGAAAAUGGCGCUGACCAGUUACUGUACAAUGAUGAAAUCUACGGAAGUCUCCGCAAAGGAGGCGCAGUAACGUUCUUUUCGAAGGAUUGUGUCGGUCUCGUAGCGGCCACGUUCGCGUCGGCUUCUUCGGUCGAGUGCCUCAGAUGCGUGAUCAAGCCUAUGUUAAAUGAGCAUUUCAGCUUGAGUUCUACCAAGUUGGCAGCUUCACAACGACUGGCAUCGAUUCCUAUGGCGUUCUGCUUCUUUUUCGGGUUACUAUCGGAUUGCUACCCUAUCCUGGGAUUCCGACGGAAAGGGUACUUGAUCAUCGGUUUGGGGACAACAGUAAUGAGCCUCUUGGUCCUCGCAGCAUUGGACGCAUAUGUCGAAACCCUUCAUGGUAGCACUGGGGGGACCGGCUUAGCCGUGGCUGUCAUUAUGUUCGCAACCUUGGCCAGUACCGGAAACAUGAUGACACAUAUGUGCGUACAUACCCGAGUGCUCGAGCUGUCUCAGCGUGAAAGACUGGGCACGCGCGGCGCUAUCGUAGCGACUUAUUCCAUGUUUCAAAGCGUAGUUUUUUUCAUCACCAACGCUUGUGUGUACGCUCUUGAGAAGAGCUCGGCACACCAUAAUGUCGUGCUCCUUGUAUACGGCCUCGUGAUUGGGGUCUCGAUUCCGCUGGUGUGGAAAUCUUGGCAGGAAAAAUACUACUCGCUUUCGACGCCGAUGAGGACUCGUGGUCAAAUCCUGUGGAAGGUCAUGCAGCAGAAAGCAGUGUGGAGCAUUAUCGCGUUUAUAUGUAUCUUCACCUUGUUCGGCAGUUUUGCGUUAAGCGGUCCUUCGGCGACCAUCAUCUUUUGGUCGGGUGCUAACGAGAACGACCAAUUAGUGCAGCAAUUCCUGUACUACGGAGCGAUACUGUUGACGAUUGCAGUGUGGCGCUACUACUUUAUGAACCGACCCUGGCGCACGCUCUUCGCAAUGUCCACCGUUUUGCUCAUCGUUCCUCAAGUGAUUGUGGCUAUUUGUGUCACUCAAAACAUUGUACGCGAUCGAAACUUCUACCGUUUUAUGACGCUGUUCUCGAGUAUCUCAACCGGCAUUGGUUGGCUAUCGAGCAUUAUUCCGCUGACAGAGAUCAUCCAAGAAGGCUCGGAGGGUGCCAUGGUCGGGCUGAUUUUGUCAAUGUACUUUUUGGUUUCCAUGUUCGUAGAGACUAACGCAACCGGGCUGUUUAAAGGCACCAACUUUUACAAUACCGGAGAUGUUAUGUCAGAUGAUGCGGAAGGGCGAUCGGAUGUACUAAAGGCAUUGCUUUUCAGCUAUGGCAUUAACGCCCUCCUACUCGUUGGUCUCUUUUUCCUGCCGCGACAAAAGCUCGAUACCCAGCAGCUUCGCAGUUACGGUGGGUACACCAAGAGUGCCAGUGCUGCUAUCGUCACGUUCGCAUUGUUGCUUUUUGUGUACUCAGUGGCUGUCACUGGACUUACGUUGAAUCCGUCGACAUCUCACAUGAGUAUUGCUGGUGGAGGCACCUACUAA